AUACUGAGAUUGGUGCAGAACCACAGUUCAGUCCUCUAACACCAUAUCAGACUGCGGAUUCAUUACCACCACCAGUUUAUGGCAUACUAGAAAAUCGAUCAGAUACUGAUAGAAUGCUUAUAAAUCCUAAAUCAAUUGAUAAUAGGAAAAAUCAUUAUGGCAACAAGCAAAAGAAAAAUGAUAACAUUUCAGAAUUACCUUUCAAAAAGCGAUUAUCAUCCGAAUCAUCAAAGAAGGCGCAAACGAAAGACUGGAAAAUACCAGCUGGUGCUAAGCUUGUUGGUUAUAAUAUGCAACUAAUAGCAGGUUAUAUACCAACAGUAUAUUUAAACAAUCGAAAUCAGAAAGAUGAUAAACGAAAAUUGAAAUCACGAGAUUCUGAAGUAUCUUCGGAUAUUUAUUUAAAAUAUCGUCCCGGUUAUAAUAUGAGUAUGAUCAGGGAUUACGAUAUUAAUGAAAAGAGUAAUGAAAGGGAUACGAUGACUACUGAAGCGGAUAUUCUGAAGACUAACAUUGAUGACGAGCCAUUGAGGGAUGAAUCAAUUCUGCACAGCAAUUUUACUCGAAGCGAAAGCAGCUUUCUCGAGGAGCAGGAAGAUUCCAUCAGCACCGACGCUACAACUAAAAUUACCGUCGAACUGGACAAUUUUAAUGGCUUUUUAUGGCCAAUUGUGGAAAGCGAAAUGAAAGCCGAGAAACGGAAGGAAGAAAAGAUUCUUAUAAGUAAAUCGGAUUCUGAUACUAUUACUUCUGUGAGUCCGAUUGAACGUAAUCUUUCAGCUUUGCAGGAAAAUAUUCACAGCACAACAAAAGUAAAAUUAGCUUCCCAAGAUAGAACAGAUGAUGAUCCGGUUCCGGUAUUUCAGUCAACCGUAGCGACCGAUAAUGUUGGAAGUACAUCAUCGAUAGAUGAGAGAGAGAGUCCGGAAAAGCCUCAGCUUAGAAAUCCAUCGAUGAAAAACUUCAAUGACGAAAUGGUGAGAAAUUCGACUUCAAUCCCUCAAUUGAGAGAUGGAAUGGGAAAGGCGGGACAAAAGAUUCCUUUUUUCCUUCAAAUGAAUUAUACUAAUGAUCAGAUUAUUACUGAACGAUCAGAAAUAGAGAUAUCUCCGGCAAGAUCAUUACCAGUAACGAAACUUAAUCAAUCAAGCAAUAUUGACACGAAUCGAUCUAUAAUUAAUAUUCAGACUUCAGAAUCCAAUGGACGUGAAAGAGCAAAAGAGUUAUCGAAUAAUCACGUUACCACCACUUCUGCAGAUUCACAGAAUUCAAUGUCGGUAGCAACGUCCGAUGUCGUUACUAUACCGCAAACGAUGAUGCUGAACGUUGACUCGUCUGAAUUUGAUGAAGACGAGGACAAGGAUAAAACAGAACAAAAUGAUGAUGACUUGAAUCUUAAAAAUCUGGAAAAUUUUUCGAAAAUACAAUCUACCGAUGGGCAAAAACAUGAGAUGAGCGAGAAAUUGAAUUCUGAACAAGAUUCUGGAAACGUAAAUGAUAAUGAUGAACAUGAGGAAUCGCCUAAAGACGUAGAAUUCCUUGAGGGCGAUGGGAAUGAUGACGAUGAAGGAUGGUCACAAGAUAAGUCAACUGAAGUGAAGAGUAGUAGUAAAGAAGAAAAUAAUAGAAAUAAGGAAGGAAACUUCAGAGAUUUUUCUAAUGAGAAGAAUGAUGAUGAUGAUGAUGAUGAUGAUCAUAAUAAUAAUAAUGAUAGUAAUAAUAAUAAUGAUAAUGAUAAUGAUAAUGAUAAUGAUAAUGAUAAUAAUGAUAAUAAUAAUGAUAAUAAUAAUGAUUAUGACAAUGAUGAUAUUGUUGAUGGUGAUGAUAAUAACGGUGUUGCUGAUGAUGGCGAUAAUGAUAAUAUUAUUGGUGGUGAUAGUGAUGAUGAUGGUAAUGAUGAUCGUUCGAAAAUGAAUAAGAAUGACGAUGAGAUGUCGCGGUUACAGAAGAAUAGUGAAGAAAAACAAGGAAGGGUUAAUGUACCGAUCUUUUCCGCGGGACAAAUCCCGACUUUCGAAGAAUGGUUAUCCAGCUUGCCGAUACAGCCUGCUUUUCCAUUCGGUGCUAAGAAUCAACCACCAGCUAAUCCCAUUCACCUAUCUUUUCCCCAACCAUUUAAUGAUAAAAAUAAAGGAAGAGGAAGUAAACAAGAAAGCCAACGUUCAGCUAUAGAUUCCAGGAAGAGACAGAAUGCUCCAAUAUAUAAUUAUGAUGAUUCCAAGGAUGAGGUUAAAGGUCAAUUCCACGAACAACGAUUUACGUUACCAAGAAAUGUACCAUAUGAAUAG